AUGGGGAACUGCCUGCGCCCGGUGGACUCCUUCCCCGACGACGACAACUCGGGUCACCUUUCCCUCGAAGAUGAGCAACUGGAGGGUUGGAAUUAUUCCUCCUCCGAGGACUACGACUACUCGGGCAUGGACGCGGCGGCCCCCUGCCACUCCUGCACCCUGCUGGACGCGUCCUCGCUGCCCUUCUACAUCCUCGCCAGCGUCCUGGGCAUCCUGGCCAGCGCAGCCAUCCUCUUCGCUCUGCUCAGUUCCCGCUCUCCCCGGCAGCUCUGUCCCGGCCGGCGGCUCCUCCUCACCCAGCUGGCCGCGGGCAGCGCCCUCUGCAGCGUCGCGGUGCCCAUCCUGGCCCCGGGGCUCCAGGGCGCCCACAACACCUACCUGUGCCACCUGGCCCACCUCGUCUGGAACGGCUCCGCCUUCGCCCAAGCCCUGCUGAUCGGCUGCCACGCCUGCCUGGGCCCCACACUGAGGGCAGGCCCGGUCCCACGCCUCGUCCUGGGGCUCUCUGUGGGGCUUUGGAAACUGGCCGUCCUCCUGGCGGUGCCCAUCACCCUGGCCAGCGACACCUCCGAUGGACUCUGCUCCUUGGCAUCCAGCCAGGGCGUUCUGAAGCUUCUGCACAGCGCCAGCCUUUUGGCCGUCUUUGUCUUGUUGCCCCUGGGCUUACUGGGAGCCAAGGGGCUGACAAGGGCACUGGGCAGGGGGCCGUGUCCCUGGGUGGAUGUGCUGUGGCUCUGGUUCCUUUUCUGGUGGCCCCAUGGGGUGCUCUGGGGACUGGACGCCCUCGUGAGAUCCAGGAUCUUGGUGCUGUCGUCCUGCCCGACCCAGCAGGCGCUGGACCUGCUGCUGCCCCUGGCGGAAGUGCUGGCGAUCCUGCACUGCGUGGCCGGGCCCCUGCUCCUGGCCGCCUUGUGCCGCCGGGUGGCUCGCGGGGCCCUGCCCUCCUUGCCCCUCCCGGCCAGUCAGCCCUCUCCUCCGGAUGCCCUGGGAGGCAAAUCUCAGCUCCCUUCCUCCCUGCCGGCCUGA